AUGAGUACAGAAAGAGACUCAGAAACGACAUUUGAUGAGGAUUCUCAGCCUAAUGACGAAGUGGUUCCCUACAGUGAUGAUGAAACAGAAGAUGAACUUGAUGACCAGGGGUCUACUGUUGAACCAGAACAAAACCGAGUCAACAGGGAAGCGGAGGAGAACCGGGAGCCAUUCAGAAAAGAAUGUGCAUGGCAAGUCAAAGCAAAUGAUCGCAAGUAUCACGAACAACCUCACUUUAUGAACACAAAGUUCUUUUGUAUUAAGGAGAGUAAAUAUGCGAAUAAUGCAAUUAAAACAUACAAGUACAACGCAUUUACCUUUAUACCAAUGAAUCUGUUUGAGCAAUUUAAGAGAGCAGCCAAUUUAUAUUUCCUGAUUCUUCUUAUCUUACAGGCAAUUCCUCAAAUCUCUACCCUGGCUUGGUACACCACACUAGUGCCCCUGCUUCUGGUGCUGGGGGUCACUGCAAUCAAAGACCUGGUGGAUGAUGUGGCUCGCCAUAAAAUGGAUAAGGAAAUCAACAACAGGACGUGUGAAGUCAUUAAGGAUGGCAGGUUCAAAGUUGCCAAAUGGAAAGACAUUCAAGUUGGAGACGUCAUUCGUCUGAAAAAAAAUGAUUUUGUUCCAGCUGACAUUCUCCUGCUGUCUAGCUCUGAGCCGAACAGCCUCUGCUAUGUGGAAACAGCAGAACUGGAUGGAGAAACCAAUUUAAAAUUUAAGAUGUCACUUGAAAUCACAGACCAGUACCUCCAAAGAGAAGAUACAUUGGCAACAUUUGAUGGUUUUAUUGAAUGUGAAGAACCCAAUAACCGACUAGAUAAGUUUACGGGAACACUAUUUUGGAGAAACUCAAGUUUUCCUUUGGAUGCUGAUAAAAUUUUGUUACGUGGCUGUGUAAUUAGGAACACCGAUUUCUGCCAUGGCUUAGUCAUUUUUGCAGGUGCUGACACUAAAAUAAUGAAGAAUAGUGGGAAAGCCAGAUUUAAAAGAACUAAAAUUGAUUACUUGAUGAACUACAUGGUUUACACGAUCUUUGUUGUUCUUCUGCUGCUUUCUGCUGGUCUUGCCAUCGGCCAUGCUUAUUGGGAAGCACAGGUGGGCAAUUACUCUUGGUAUCUCUAUGAUGGAGAAGAUGAUACACCCUCCUACCGUGGAUUCCUCAAUUUCUGGGGCUAUAUCAUUGUUCUCAAUACCAUGGUACCCAUCUCUCUCUAUGUCAGCGUGGAAGUGAUUCGUCUUGGACAGAGUCACUUCAUCAACUGGGACCUGCAAAUGUACUAUGCUGAGAAGGACACACCUGCAAAAGCUAGAACCACCACACUCAAUGAACAGCUGGGGCAGAUCCAUUAUAUCUUCUCUGAUAAGACGGGGACACUCACACAAAAUAUCAUGACCUUUAAAAAGUGCUGUAUCAACGGGCAGAUAUACGGGGACCAUCGGGAUGCCUCUCAACACAACCAUAACAAAAUAGAGCAAGUUGAUUUUAGCUGGAACACAUAUGCUGAUGGGAAGCUUGCAUUUUAUGACCACUAUCUUAUUGAGCAAAUCCAGUCGGGGAAAGAGCCAGAAGUACGACAGUUCUUCUUCUUGCUCGCAGUUUGCCACACGGUUAUGGUGGAUAGGACGGAUGGUCAGCUCAACUACCAGGCAGCCUCACCCGAUGAAGGUGCCCUGGUAAAUGCUGCCAGGAACUUCGGCUUUGCCUUCCUCGCCAGGACCCAGAACACCAUCACCAUCAGUGAGCUGGGCACUGAAAGGACUUAUAAUGUUCUUGCCAUUCUGGAUUUCAACAGUGACCGGAAGCGAAUGUCUAUCAUUGUAAGAACCCCAGAAGGCAAUAUCAAGCUUUACUGUAAAGGUGCUGACACUGUUAUUUAUGAACGGUUACAUCGAAUGAAUCCUACUAAGCAAGAAACACAGGAUGCCCUGGAUAUCUUUGCAAAUGAAACUCUUAGAACCCUAUGCCUUUGCUACAAGGAAAUUGAAGAAAAAGAAUUUGCAGAAUGGAAUAAAAAGUUUAUGGCUGCCAGUGUGGCCUCCACCAACCGGGACGAAGCUCUGGAUAAAGUAUAUGAGGAGAUUGAAAAAGAUUUAAUUCUCCUGGGAGCUACAGCUAUUGAAGACAAGCUACAGGAUGGAGUUCCAGAAACCAUUUCAAAACUUGCAAAAGCUGACAUUAAGAUCUGGGUGCUUACUGGAGACAAAAAGGAAACUGCUGAAAAUAUAGGAUUUGCUUGUGAACUUCUGACUGAAGACACCACCAUCUGCUAUGGGGAAGAUAUUAAUUCUCUUCUUCAUGCAAGGAUGGAAAACCAGAGGAAUAGAGGCGGAGUCUAUGCAAAGUUUGCACCUCCUGUGCAGGAACCUUUUUUUCCACCCGGUGGAAACCGUGCGUUAAUCAUCACUGGUUCUUGGUUGAAUGAAAUUCUUCUCGAGAAAAAGACCAAGAGAAGUAAGAUUCUGAAGCUGAAGUUCCCAAGAACAGAAGAAGAAAGACGGAUGCGGACCCAAAGUAAAAGGAGGCUAGAAGCUAAGAAAGAGCAGCGGCAGAAAAACUUUGUGGACCUGGCCUGCGAGUGCAGCGCAGUCAUCUGCUGCCGCGUCACCCCCAAGCAGAAGGCCAUGGUGGUGGACCUGGUGAAGAGGUACAAGAAAGCCAUCACGCUGGCCAUCGGAGACGGGGCCAAUGAUGUGAACAUGAUUAAAACUGCCCACAUUGGCGUUGGAAUAAGUGGACAAGAAGGAAUGCAAGCUGUCAUGUCGAGUGACUAUUCCUUUGCUCAGUUCCGCUAUCUGCAGAGGCUACUGCUGGUGCACGGCCGGUGGUCUUACAUAAGGAUGUGCAAGUUCCUACGAUACUUCUUUUACAAAAACUUUGCCUUUACUUUGGUUCAUUUCUGGUACUCCUUCUUCAAUGGCUACUCUGCACAGACUGCAUACGAGGACUGGUUCAUCACUCUCUACAACGUGCUAUACUCCAGCCUGCCCGUGCUCCUCAUGGGACUGCUUGACCAGGAUGUGAGUGACAAACUGAGCCUCCGAUUCCCUGGGUUAUACAUAGUGGGACAAAGAGACUUACUAUUCAACUAUAAGAGAUUCUUCGUAAGCUUGUUGCAUGGGGUCCUAACAUCGAUGAUCCUCUUCUUCAUACCUCUUGGAGCUUAUCUGCAAACCGUAGGGCAGGAUGGAGAGGCACCUUCUGACUACCAGUCUUUUGCUGUCACCAUUGCCUCUGCUCUUGUAAUAACAGUCAAUUUCCAGAUUGGCUUGGAUACUUCUUAUUGGACUUUUGUGAAUGCUUUUUCAAUUUUUGGAAGCAUUGCACUUUAUUUUGGCAUCAUGUUUGACAUUCAUAGUGCUGGAAUACAUGUUCUCUUUCCAUCUACAUUUCAAUUUACAGGCACAGCUUCAAACGCUCUGAGACAGCCAUACAUUUGGUUAACUAUAAUCCUGACUGUUGCCGUGUGCUUACUGCCCGUCGUUGCCAUCCGAUUCCUGUCAAUGACCAUUUGGCCAUCAGAAAGUGAUAAGAUCCAGAAGCAUCGCAAGCGGUUGAAGGCGGAGGAGCAGUGGCAGCGGCGGCAGCAGGUGUUCCGCCGGGGCGUGUCAUCGCGGCGCUCGGCCUACGCCUUCUCGCACCAGCGGGGCUACGCGGACCUCAUCUCCUCUGGGCGCAGCAUCCGCAAGAAGCGCUCGCCGCUUGAUGCCAUCGUGGCCGAUGGCACCGCGGAGUACAGGCGCACCGGGGACAGCUGA